AUGAGAGGAUCAUGGAAGAGAAGAGGGACAUGCCGCUCAUUGCCACUAUUUCCAGUCCAAUUACGUCACCAGUGUCUUGUACAAUCACAAGACCAGUGUUUGAAGCCACAAAAGAAUGUUCAAGUUCCAGUUCGAGUGAAGCCUCUUUGCUUGCAGUUUGAAAGGCAAAGUACCAUUACUCAUUCUUCCAGAGUUAAGCGUGCUUCUGUGAUAUGUGCUGCUGCUCUGAGUGCCACCUGUGCUGCGGAACAAACCCAAACUGUGACUCGCCAGUCAUCUACCAUUACAGUAGCACCUAUCCAAGGAAAAGAAAAAUCUCCGGAACUAGAUGAUGGUGGGGCAGGAUUUCCACCCCGUGAUGAUGGUGAUGGCGGCGGCGGUGGUGGCGGUGGCGGCGGCCACUGGUCUGGUGGGUUCUUCUUUUUCGGCUUCCUUGCUUUUCUGGGUUUUCUGAAAGAUCAAGAGAGUGAAGGGCCUUACAGAGAUGAAAGGAGAAGAUGAGAGAUAAUGUGAAAUCUCUUAAUCCUACUUUUUUGUAUUGGUUAUUGGAUGAUCUAUGUCUUGCUCUACUAUACAGAAUGUAGUUGUGGCCUUUCUGGGGAGAACAAAAUGUACCGUCCAGUAACUAUAGCAGUAAUAUGACUUAUGGCAAUUAUUCUUUUUGACUUGUGAUUUGUGAACAAUCUUGUAUAUGUAUUUGAGGUCAAAAUGACGUGAUAUGGAAUAACAAUCAUUCUCUCCGUCCCAA